ACAUCAUCCAUGCUCAUAACUUCAACCACAGCUUCUUUCUACUAAAACCCAUUUCUAUUCCAAUUUCUUCUUCUCAUCAAAAUUCAUCAAACUCAUAUCUGUUCCAACUCCCAAAUUUAAAAUGGCAAUUCGUCUGCCUGAAAUCUUUCUUCUUGGUUCACUCAUGGUCAUUGCUAUUGCGGCUGAUUUAACAUUGGACCGUUAUUGGAAAACUGCUUUACCAAACAUUCCUAUAAUCCAAGGAAACAAAGGUCCCUCUACAGUGCCACUUUGUCGAAGAACAAAUCUUUUUCUCCCACCGGUCACCACUACCACCAGAGUUAUGGAUUCUCAAUCUCAAGCACGAAUGUUUAGAUUGGACUUCCUUCGUCUUCUCCACAGUCGACGAUCACCCGAAGUUCCACUAAUAGCGGAGUCUUCGGAUCCUGUCGAAAACCCUCUGUUUCAAACCGAUGUAAUUCCAUCUACAAAAGCGCUAGAGUCUUGUCCAAAAGAAGACAUUGGUGAUUUAAAAGAGAUGCUCAAAGAAGAAAACCUUCAUCUGCACACUGAGGAUGCAGAGCAAGGGAGGUUGCCCUUGCUUAUUUUAAGCUUGAAGGAGGGUAGUGAAGAAAGAAGGCCAGCGAUUGUGUUUAUGCAUGGUGGAAACACAAACAAAGAAUGGUUAAGGCCAUGGCUCGAAGCAUAUGCUUCGAGGGGAUAUGUAGCCAUCGGUUUAGACGCUCGCUAUCACGGGGAACGCGCUUACAACUGCAAAACUGCCUCUAUAGAUGCUCUUAUAUCAUCAUGGAGAAAUGGAAAGACAAUGCCUUUUGUCUUUGAUACUGUUUGGGAUUUGAUCAAACUAGCUGAAUAUCUUACUAAGAGGGAUGAUAUAGACCCAAAAAGGAUAGGAAUUACCGGCAUGUCCCUAGGAGGGAUGCAGGCUUGGUUUGCUGCUGCAGCUGACACCCGCUAUUCCGUGGUUGUCCCUUUAAUCAGUGUUCAGGGAUUUAGAUGGGCAAUCGACAAUGAUGUCAGUCCGGUUUUGAAAGCUUUAUUUGAACAAGCAAGGAUUGAUCUGGGAAAGAGUGUGAUCGACAAAGAAGUAGUCGAAAAGGUGUGGAACAGAAUAGCUCCUGGACUAGCUUCUAAGUUUGACUCACCUUACUCAUUACCAGUGAUUGCUCCACGGCCUCUUUACAUCCUUAACGGUGCAAAGGAUCCUGGCGCCCCUCUUGGCGGACUAGAAGUUCCUUUAAAGAGAGCUGAGAAGGCUUAUAAGGAUACUGGUUCUCCUGGAAAUUUUAAGUUCAAAGCAGAAGAUGGAAUUGGACACGAAGUGACGAGUUCUAUGAUCAAAGAAUCAUCAGACUGGUUUGACAAAUUCCUUAAACAAGGAGAUACGACUUAUGAAUAAAGCAAUUGAAUAUCUGGAUCAGCUACUUUCUCACGCUGAACCUCUUUGUACUCCUUAAACAGUCUCGCUCGUGAUGAUGCCUAUAUCUAUAUCCACACAUCAAUCAUUUUGACCUUAAAAAUUCUUAGACAGGACAAUUAGUAUGUAAAACUAGAAUAUGACCCGUGCUAGAGCACGGGUUGAAAUUCAUUUUUUUUGUUUAUUUGGUAAAUUUUAUUUAA